AGGUGUUUAGGAACGAGUGAAAGAGUCGGCGGCUGGCGGAGGUUUUUUUGAGGAGUUUUACGAGAUAGAGGAAAUUUUAGACCGCAGUGAAGUUAACGACAACCUCUUUCACUUGAAAUGAGCGUGAAACUGCUUCGAAGCUUGUCGCAAAAAAUCAAUCUUUUGACAUGCUCAUUUCAUGCGUCGACAAGUGCAGCUGAUCAUUGCUUAGCCCGUGCUCUCAAAGUUGCUGUUAUUGGUGCACCAAAUGUUGGAAAAUCACUGUUGACGAACCAGCUAGUUCGUGCCGCUGUUUCAUCCGUAAGCAGCAAAAUGGAUACAACCACUCAGAAUGUCGAGGCGGUAAUCACAGAAGACAACGUACAGCUCGUAGUUUGCGAUAGUCCAGGAACGAUAGGGUUGCGGCAUGCCAAAGCAACCAUGGGUCGCAGCCAAGACGAUAUUAUCCUUACCGGGCCAGAAAUAGCGCUCCAACGAGCCGAGCACGUUCUUGUUGUACAGGACGCUACAGCUCCAGGAGACUACAUACAUCAUCGCGUAUUGCAUUUGCUUCAUCGGCAUUCUCAUAUACCUUCAUCGCUUGUGAUGAUUAAUAAAGUCGAUCUUGUGUCACAACGUAGCGAUUUGCUUGAACUCACUCGCAUACUUACGAAUGGACGAGUCGGUGGAGUACCUAUCAAAACGGAUAAGAAAGUGAUCGGUAGGUUGGGGGUUGCGUCAAGUGCUUUACCACUGCAUGAUGAUGCGGUAACGUCUCAGGAUGAAGCCUGGCAGGAGCAAUUCAGGAAACUGAUAGCCAAACCCACUCACAAAGUGAGUUUUGCUGAAACAAAGCGACUAUUUAUCAAUGUGCGAGGUUGGAGCAACUUUGAUGCUGUGUUUUUCGUAUCUUCACUGACCGGUGAGGGUAUCGAGCCGUUGCGCGAGCAUCUGAAGAGAUUGUCUUUCGACAGAAACUGGAGGAUGGAUGAAAUGGCCGUCACUUCUAGGAAUCCACAACAAAUUUGUGUCGAUUCCGUUCGUGCUGCUCUUCUCGAUACCACUCCGUCCAAUGUUGCUUACCAACUUAAACCCAAGAUAAGUGAAUGGAAAGUGGAUGGCGAGGUGCUACAAAUCGUUGUAGAAAUCAAUUGCAAUAAAGAGCGCGUUGGACGGCUGCUCAUUGGCAAGGGUGGUCGCCGAAUAGCAGAGAUUGGAAAGCGUGUCAAUGAUCACAUGCACAGCCUAUUCGCACGACAAUUAUUCGUGCGCAUUAUUGUCAAACACAAUGGAAAAGUUGUUGAAUUUUUGAAUUGAUGACAGUAUAUGUAUAUCAGUUGAUGCAAACUUUUAUGGGAAAACAAUGUUCUUUGCAACAUGUUUUGCCCAUUUACCCAUAGAAUGAUCUUAAUCCAAUUUUUGCCCUUUCGGGUCGCUUUCGGAAGUUCCAGGGAUGACUAACUGCGAGCAACUUGCUACUGUAACUUGGAAAAGCAAGUUGCUGCUACUGACUAACUGCCGCAACUUGCGCAGGGAGUGACGGCGAGGAAGCUCGCCGCUGCAAAGGCAGCCACUGCGCUGAC